AUGAUUGAAAUUGAAGCUAUACUUAAGGUUUGUGAUCUUCCUCAAAUAAUUGUAGAUGGCAAUGUUAUCCCAUAUGUUAGCUCAACUAAACAUCUGGGUGUUCAUUUAUCAGCCAAUCUUUCCUGGGAUCUUCAUGUUUCACAAAUCUCUCGAAAAGUCUAUUGUACUCUAAAUAGCUUCAAAUACAGGAAGAAUAUACUAUCUACCUCAACCCGAAAAUUGCUGGUCGGAGCAAUGGUUAUUCCAAUUAUUGACUACUGCUCUUUGGUCUUGAUAGAUAUAUCCAAAAGGCUAGAUCACAAGUUACAAUGCUUGAUAAAUAACGGCAUAUGA